CGUUGGCCAAAGGCAGCUCGUCAGCCUUGCACGAGCAUUGCUGAGACAGUCUCGCAUCUUGGUGCUGGACGAAGCCACGGCGGCCGUCGACGUGGAAACUGAUGACCUCAUUCAAGAAACUAUCAGGUCACAGUUUGCCAACCGUACUAUCCUGACCAUAGCUCAUCGUCUGAACACUAUUAUGGAUAGUGAUAGAGUAAUGGUGCUGGACAAGGGCAAAAUAGCCGAGUUCAGCGACCCAGCGUCACUCCUGGCAAACAAGAAGUCCAUUUUCUACGGCAUGGCUAAGGACGCCGGUUUGGUGUAGUCCAAAACAGGGAAUAAGUUAGUGAAUUUUAUAUAAAGGGUUGAGUGAACUGUUCCGCAUUUAGGGAGUGAAAUAGAUAAAUGUGAAACGAAUGCUGUUCACACUGAAUAAGCUGAAUAAGCUAAAAUAGAAUACAAACUAUAUGAACUAUUCAUAGACAAUACUUAUAUUCAACCACGAAAAGUCUGUUGAUACCACCCAAUGUAUUUUUCGUUGUAGAGACUCAGGCAUCCUUCGUUGUAUAGCAAAUAUGAUCUCAUUGAAGUGGAACAUUCCGAAUUCGAAUUAUAAGAGAUGCAUUUGUUGAAAAUUGGUUAUUGAAUAUUCCAAAUACUUCUCAGAACUGGCAUUCGUCUUGUCGAAAAAA